ACGCCUGGAAUAAACAUGUAUUUCGAAAGAUUUGAUGUUUCAGGUGCUUUUCACAACGCAUUCGCUCCGGACCAAUAAAGUCUUAGUGGAAAGCAUGGGGCUGAAAAAAGGACGAAGUAAGGGUGUGUUAGAAUCACCGACAGCUUUUCAGGACUCCAGCGACGACCAGCCAGCCAGUGUCUGGUGAACGUGCGUGUGCGUGAAAGUGCGCGCACGUGUGUGUGUGUGUGCUGUGUUAGGACCCGCAGCCAACACACACUUAACAUUCGUUCGCAACAUGGCGUUGAAGCGCCGAGAGACACGACGGCUCUCCCCCGACUAAUGCAACCUUAUUGUUAGGAAAACCAGGGAGACUGUUAACCAAAGAACCCUAAACAUUCUCAGAGACUCCUUUACGCACCGGCGGAGACAAUAGCGGAUUCCAGCAUAUGAAUGUCGCUAUAACGGUAUAGCUGUUGUAUAGACUCAAGCUGCUACCCCACUGGUGGAAAUCAAAGGCUGUACAUGGCGGUGGAGAGUACAAUUUGGCUGUUCUGUCUUCUUUCGCUGUUUUGUGGUCCAUCCAAGCAAGAAAAGCUGGUUUCCGUGGAGCUGAGCUGCGGCGCUGGACCCAGCCAUGUAGUGUUGGAGCCAGGUUUGCCCCUCUUGCUGGACUGCAAUCUGGGGGCCAGUGAUACACCCUUCAAUGUCUCCUGGCUAAAGGAUGGACAGCCACUACUUCCAGAGGGGAAUGACUACCUUCAGUAUUUGGUUAAUGGAUCCGUUCUCCUGAUGCCAACGUCUAGAAAUGGCCAGUCUCCCCAUGGUGUGGCGGGGGCUUACAGCUGUGUGACUGGUAGCAGCCUUGGAGCGCUGAUGAGCCGGACUGUGAAUGUGCUCCUAGCAAGUCUGUCGAAGUUCCGUCUGGAGCCAUCUCCCCAAAAAGUGCCCACAGGAGGGGCUGCCCGCUUUGAAUGCCAAAUUGAAGGAGUACCAACCCCUGUUAUUACCUGGGAAAAAGAUGAAGUAACGAUUCCUGAGGGAACAAGAUUCAUUUCCCUUCCUAACGGGGUGCUCCAGAUUCUGGAGGUGACCAAGGAUGAUGAGGGUGUCUACCGCUGUGUUGCAUCCAAUUCUGCCGGGAAGGACAUCAGUCAUGAAGCCAGACUCUCUGUCACUACAGGCUCCACCGAAGCCCUGAACAGAGUUGUGAUUGUGGCACCACCUCAGAAUGCUACAGUUGUGCUUGGACAUCCUGCCGUGAUGGAGUGUAUGGCUCAAGGCCAGCCGAAACCACUGGUGUCCUGGAGCAGACAAGACGGAAAGCCCAUGUCUACUGAUGUGGUCGUCCUUGCAACAAACCUGGUGAUUAGAGACACAAGGCGUCACCAUGCUGGUGUCUAUGUCUGCCGAGCCAACAAGCCCAGGACCAGAGAGUUUGUCAUUGCUGCUGCUGAGCUGCAAGUACCCGCCCCUCCAGUGAUUCUUCAGGGCCCAGAGACAGUGUCCCUCUCCCGGGGAAACACAGCCAGGUUUUUGUGUAAUAGCUCUGGAGAACCUCCUCCAGUGUUGCACUGGUUGAAGAAUGGCCAGCCUAUAAAGUCACUCAGACGAGUAAAGACCCAAAGCCCCGGAGUCCUACUAAUUAACCAGCUGGCUCUGGAAGAUGCAGGCUACUACCAGUGCAUAGCAGAGAAUUGGCUUGGCACAGCCUGUGCCACUGCCAGGCUGACGGUCAUUGUGAGGGAAGGUCUGCCCAGCCCUCCUCGCCACCUUUCUGCUGCACCAUACUCCAGCACAACUGCCCUGCUCAGCUGGGAGAAACCUGAGUACAACUCAGAUCAAAUCAUUGGCUACUCUGUGCACUGCCACAGUACUGCAGGCUCUGAUAACGGGGAAUAUGAAUUUGCAAUGAACAAUGACACCACUGAAUAUCUCUUCAGAGAGCUUCUGCCCCAUACUACCUACACAUUCUUUGUGGUCGCUUACUCUCCCAUGGGUGCUAGCAGCCCGUCUCUGCCUAUAACUGUAGAGAUGCUGGAGGAUGUGCCAAGUGCCCCUCCUCAGCUGUAUAUAGCUAGCACUUCCCGCACAGACGUCAAGGUGAAGUGGCAUCCGUUGUCCUCAGAGCAGAGUCGUGGAGUUGUUACCCACUAUCGCAUUGAGUACAGCAUUUUAGAUCAGCCGGACUCUGUGUUUUCUGUGGAGGUCGGGGGGAAUGAGACACAUUUUACACUGAGAGGGCUGCAACCCAGUCAGACCUACCUGCUGAGAAUAGCUGCUGGAACUGCCAUUGGCUUUGGGGUUCCUUCCGAGUGGGUUCAGCACAAGACGCCUCCCAUUGAUAGCGAUGACAGCAUGGUGAUCUUUGCUCCUACUGAGCUGAAAGUUAGAGCCAGUGUGAACACACUCAAUGUCACAUGGCAGCCCUCACCCAAUCACACGUUGGUCUCCGGUUACAAGCUGUCCUGUCGAGAAGUCGAGGCUGAAGAGGCAGCCAAUGGGGAAAGGACAACACAGACACACACCAUCAGGCUCCGUAAGAAGGCUAGAUAUCAUCUUCUCACUGGGCUGGGCCCUGACCGACAGUUUGAGGUGAGGCUGUGGGCAUUCAAUAAACAGACAGAUGGAGCAGCUGCAGUGUGGAAGGGAAAGACAGAAAAGCCUCAUGCACCACCAACAACGCCUGGGCCACCACCUCCAAUGCCCCCGAGCAAUAUCCAAGCCACAGCCAACAGCUCUACUUCCAUCUGGCUGCGAUGGGAGAAACCGCGGUUCAACAACGUACGCAUCAUCAACUACACAGUGCGCUGCAGCCCAGCAGGAACCACCAACGCAUCCCUGGUUACCUAUUACACCAGCUCUACACAAGAGAUUUUGCUUGGGGCACUGAAACCCUUCACUCGCUAUGAGCUGGCAGUGCAGUCUAAUGGAGCGAAUGUUGUAGGACCCUUUAGCGGCACUGUGGAAGAGUCCACUCUCGUUGACCGGCCCUCCACACCUCCCGAGGAGCUGCAGCUGACUAUGCUGGACUCCUCGUCGGUGCUGGUGAGCUGGCACCCUCCACUGGAGCCUAAUGGUAUCAUCAUCAGCUACUGGAUUUUGUACAGUGGCAACCUCAGUGAGCCGGAGCAUUUAUGGAAGAACGUCUCCCAGGAUGGGAGUAUUACCAGUGUAGAGGUCCAGGGAUUGGCCAGUGGUACUCGAUAUUUUUUUAAGGUGGGGGCAUCUACUGAGGUGGGGUCAGGGCCUUACUCACCUAUAAAGGAAGUUCACACUCUUCAUCAAGGAUAUGAGCUGGACAUCCAUGCAGUGACAGGCAUUAUAGUGGGUGUGUGCCUAGGACUGAUAUGCAUCCUCCUCUGCAUGUGUUUCAGCUUUCGUAACAGCAAAUCCAGGGAGCUAUCUGGGGCUCUGGACUCUACAGCUGUGAUACCUCAGUAUAAGAGAGGAGGCUGCCCCAUUCCCUCCAACAUACCAGAGUGCAGCAACAGCUAUGAGUUGGAGACAUUGAUGCCGGCAGUUAGCCAAGAGUCUGGUCAGCCGCCAGCAGAGGCCCCAGAAGAGCAGAGUCUGAUGGCUGCCUGGAACGGCUCUGUAAGCCAUAACUGGGCCAACAGAAUCACAAGAUACAAAGACACCAUAAUAGAAGAUUCUCCAACACUCGUGAAUGGAGCUCUCAACAUGCUAAUCACUGCAAACGGCAUGGAAGAAGAUAAUCUGAGUACAUCCAUGUGCAGUAACCAGGUUGAGGCAGAAGUCAUUGUUCACUCUGAGCUUUUGGACACAGGGAGGGAGAAAGAAGAGGAGGGCUAUGAAAACUCGGAUUCUAACACCACCUUGGGACCCUCAUUAUCAGAGGAAAAGUAUUCCCCCUUGAGCCAGCCGAGUCCGCAAGAAGAAGAGGAACCUCUAGAAAAACUGUCACUGUCCCAAAGCUCCUCAAAUCUUCCCUCAGUAAAGCUGGUGGCUACUUGCAAUGGGGAGAUUGAAGAUACAGGACACCAGCUGACUGCAGACACAGCACCACAUCAGGAAAUGGGUCUAACUAAUGGCUUCCAUUCUCCUAAGAUUGUGCUGAGGUCAGAGCAUCUGGAAAAUGGGGACUCUAGACACUGUCCAUCUGCAGCAGGGAAAGCCAUGUCUCCUGGCCUGUCCCCUUCCCCCUUUGUCAGCACCGGACUUGUCCACUCUACCUCAGCAGCACACAGUUAUCUGUGCCCAUAGCCUCUGCAUGCAGAGCAUCAACCCCAUAUGGAUUUUCUUUUAUGUACCCAGGAAAAAAAACCCAAGGAUUAUUUUUAUGCACCUCAUUAUUAGAUUUCUUUCUCUUCCUUGCAAAGUUUUAUAGGUACUUUGAAUCCAUUGUUUCAUACUUAUGUAUAUAGAGUAAACAUAUACAGUAUAUUUUUAGUGGUAGAGUACUGUAUAUGGGUAUGCAUUCUCUAUCAUUGCAACCACAGUUUCCUCUGGGUCUUUCCUAUCCAUAGGAAGGGAAAAGAUUUAACCAAGCAGACGGACAUGAAUUGGAGGAGGCAUUUCUCACUCUGUCGUAAAUGGCUCUGUUCCACUCAGGAAUGAGAAAAGGCCAGGAAUUUUCCGUGAGUGAGUGCUUGGACAGGUUAUCAUCACUGAUGAAUGGAUUGGAAGCGCAGGGUCUCCCUGGGUUUGGUAGUGUGGAUGCUACUUCAGUGUGGCACUUAGGAAUAAGCCUUAAAGAGUAUCUUCACACUCUGCAAGUGCAGAACACCUGUGCCUCUCUCCAGCCACCUGCUGUCUCAGGGUCCACAGCCACACACACACACACACACACACACACACAGCCACAUAAACACACAAUCACACAAACACACAGAAAGCUAAAAACCUCGCUAAUUCCUCUAUAUUUCAUAUAAAAUUCAAACAGUCAUGUGUAAACACACAUUUAGAUACAUUUCAUGACUGGAGUGUGGGGGUCUCAGGUGCCUAAUUAUUCUAGGUGCAUUUAUAACCUCUGUAUAUUUCUAAAUAUUACACUGAGUCCAAGUACAAAAAAUGUCAAUUGGAAACAUAUGAAGUAUACAGAUGUGGAACAUGUGAAGUAUUCUUUUCCAAAAUGCCAUAUAUCCCAGUGGUGUGAUUUUGUAAUCCAGGGACAAUUGAAAAGUAAAACAUGUUUUCUUUCGGUUUUUAUAUGUCAUUUAUGGAAAUAUAGUAUUUAGAUGUUUAUUUUGGUAUUGGUUUGUGUUGAUGGGAGUACUAGAGGAGGUGUUACAACUGUACAUCUGUAGACCACUCUCCUUUCUUUAGCUCCUAAAUAGGGAUGCACCAUUGUCCCUACUAUUGUCAAGAUACUGUGCCAUUGUGUCAAGAUCCUUUUUUUCCCCUCUGUAAACUUAUUUUUAAUAUGAAAUACUUGCCAUAAUCCAAAGUAUAUAGUGUAUUUGACUUGAUUCUGUGUGACUCUAGCUUUAUAAAAAUGUCCACAACUCUUUGUAUUGAUUUUGACAGACCUCAACAAGAUCAGCUAGAAAAGAAGGAAGAAAUAUACAGUGCUUAACAAAUUUAUUAGACAGCCAAAUUUAUUGCUGAACCAGACUAACAGUACUGAUAAUUACCCAAAUCUUUUUUUCUGUAAUGGUCAGUAUGUGGAAUCUCUAAUCGAAAUCAUAUUUCUAAUGUUAAAUUAUAAAUAUUGUUGUUAGCCAUGAAUUUUCAAAUUUACUAUUAUACAAAAAAAGUUGAAAAAUAGUAAAGCACAUUAUAAUUGUUUAAUUAGGAUGCCAAUUGUUUUGUGUUCAUGAAGGCUACAGUUAUCUAGCCUUCAUGAACACAAAAUAUAGUUUUAGUGGUUGGAUGUUACAAUAUACUUUAUAAUAUUUCUGAUUUCUCAGAGAUGUUCAGUGUGCUGGUCGACAUUUGGGUAUAAAAAUACAAACUCAGUUUGUUAUUUGCCUAAUAAAUAUAUAUUUAGUGUAUUUGACAGACUUUUAAAAUAUUUCUGUUUUCUUGUUUUUAUGACAGGUCAUCUAAUAAAUUUGUUCAGCACUAUAUGUGAUCCAUUUUUUAAUGUUUUUUUUUAAUCUUUAAAAUUGUUCCUUAUAUAUUCAAACAGUCAUUUUCAAAAUUAAAACUUUCAUAUUACGAGCAGUGAUUCAGCAUCGGUUCAAGGAAUGUAGAGAGACUGGUGCAUCCCUACUUCUUAUCAACAGCACUACCUCAUUUAUUUUCAGGACGGUUUCCAGUGUGAUUUAAGUAGUUUUAUGUAACUAGCACCUUUUGAGAUCUUAUUCUUAACUUGUCUGAUUUUACAGCAUUUAAUAUUUGAAGGAAUAAUCGUCCUGCAGUGACUGUAUGUGUUAUGUCAAACUGGAAAUUAUGUCUCUUUAGUGCAUUGCAGCUUCCUCUCAGAUUUCUAAUAGAUUGUGUCUGUCAGUGCAAAGUCUUUCCUGCAACAUUGCUCUACUGAAAAAAAUACAUACCCUAUGGCUUUGAUGUGAUGCAUCUGAAACCCGUCAUGCGGUUUCAGAGCUAUACUUCCAGUCAAAGUAGCACCAACUAUAGGAAAGUUCUAACAGUUUCUGUAAUCCGGUCAUUCAAUCCAAUCGCAGGCAAUGAGUAUUACAAAAAUAGGCAUAUGUUAGGGUUUUUGUUGAGUUUUAACGAUAAACAAAAUGUUGGAAUGUGACUUUUUUGAAUUCAAGUUGCCUUAAAUAUAAGGUAAAAUUGUGAAGAUACUUGAAGCAGGCUAUCAAAUUAUUUUUUUCUUGCCAGCUUCAGGUCACUAAUGCAUAAUAAGAGUUCUGGCCUGGAUACUUAGUGCAUGAUGACAAGGACGUGCACACUCAUUACUCAUUAGACAAAGUAAUUCAUAACUACAGGUGGCUUAAGUCUUUGCAUACCUUUUACAACUUACAUUUUCGACUGGCUCUAUCAGGUGCUUCACUUCAAAAAGAGUUUUUAAGCUGAUAGCACUGUUGUGGGGGGGCUUUGAUUUUUUUUUUCUUUUUUUCUGUAGAUUCAACUCUAAGACAAUAGCAGGUCUGCAGAGCUUGUGAGCAGUAAUAAUAAUAACAUAUAUCUCAAAAUAUAAUCAUAGCAUUGAGUCAAGCCCUGUUUAUGAUGUCUCAUCUUCUCUCAGGUCGUUUUCUAGGAGUGAUAAUGGAGCUGACAAACUCAUUCUCUAUCCUGUCCAUGAUUUCACAAACUCAAAUACUUCAGCAGCAGAAAUGGAAAUUGUUGUUUGUUGACAUUAAUGAAAAAAGCUCAGUGUGUUCAGUAUUCCCGCUAAAAAUGCUUUCCUCGCCAAAAUUGCUCAACAAAGUUUUUUGCCUUGGCCUUUAUCUACCCAACAUCAAAGUAUGACUGCCAUUUAUUUAUUUAUUUUUGUUAUACGAUAGCAGUCAUUUACAGACAGAAAUGAAUGUGUGGAAAACCUGUGUGAAACAUUGAUUGGAAUUUCAUUAAGAAAAAAGGUGAUAUUUGUUGCAUCUGGAUAAUCCACUGCCAGUUACACAAAUUGUUAUUACGCAUCUUCAAAAUGCCACCAUAAAAAUGUCUGACACUUAUUAAAGGUUUGUCUAACCCACUUAAGUGGUUGAAAGAAGGCAAAUCGACGACAUGCUCACAUGGUAAAAAAUUGCUGCUGCACAAGCAUGUUUUACUUGUGACCAUUUUCCAAUCAGUGAUUUCAAAGCAGGUUUCCUUUUGCAAGUAGCAUACCUGCUAUUAUAUUUAAUUUAAAUGUUCAGUGAACAGCGCAACCACAGCUUUCUGACCCGUGAUUUAAGAUUCAUUUAUAAAAGUUAAAGCAAAGCACCGACUUUUUUUUUUUUUUUAUUUUACACGCGAUCUUCACUGUUACUGUUCUCUACUUACCGCCUACUCUAAGUAGGCAUCCUUAAAGGUAUGCAUGUCCUGAGUACUGACAGAAACAUUCUCAAAAGCAUUCCAGUUUGAUAUCUUCAACAUACCUCUCAAAGUCCAGGUCAGCCAUGAUGAGCCAUGCUACCUUAAGAAAAGAAGUGCUAAUUCACUCACAAUGUGCAACUUCUGUUUGGAUAAGGUUCAUGGGUUUGGAUGGAAAUCAGUGAAUCAAUUUAGUGUUAGAUAAUCACAGUUAAAAUGUACAAUGACAAAAAAAUACUUUUAAAUCUUAUGAGCAUAGAUUUAAUGAAGUCGUCUCACAACUAUCAUUUUCAUUUUCAAAGCACUGCAUUGAACAUAGGAGCUGUUCUCUCAGACUCUAUUGUCUGAGAGAACAUAGAGAUGGUAAAUUCUCUAUACCAAUGCACCAUUUUUGUCAUGGUCAAUUUAAAACAAUUGAAAAUUAGUUCGUUUGUGCUUGGGAGUUAUUCAAGUAAAGACACUAUCACAUCCAUCAUGAAAGAAUUAAAUUUCAUGAUGUUGCAGUUGCCAAAAUCUAAUGUAACGUCUUAGGUAGACAAAGUUUCAUGCUUUUUUUUGCAACAGAUAUUUCACUUCUAUCAGGUUGUUUCACUUAUGUAUUAAGUCUUGAUGCAGUAGUGGAUUACUGUGGUGUGCGGAGCUGACAGAGGAAAUGAAAUGGCGAUUAGCAUAACCCUGCCUGCAGCAUAAAUGAUGUAUGCUCUCCUAAUAGGAGCUCUAUUAACACUAUUAACCACUUGUAUAAAACCUUGCUUUCUUUGUACACCUUUUUGUUGGCUAGAACAAUCACAUUUUUAGAGAAAAAUGACUCAUUCUCUCAUUUUGUAGAGAAGAUAAUUACUUUAAUAAUUAUGUUGACUUCAUCUUCUUUUUGUAAGGGUUAAUUAAAACACUAUACCUCAUGUUGGUAACUUCAUUCGAUUCUGAUCAGUCUCUUGAUACUGCACAUUUUGUAAACAAGUAGAACAUAUAACGGUAAGAAUACUGUUGUUUUGUUAGCCAAGUUUUUUCACAGAGGAUGGGACUGGUGUUUCAUUUUACCUCAGUGUGAGUUUUUACUCAUUAUAGUGACUUGGAUUGUCUAGUCCUGCACUGAGGAGUUCAACACAUGAGAGGAGGGAUUAAAGGAAACCAUGCAAAUUUUCUUUAUUAUUUGGCAACAUGAGAAAUUACCAAGAUUUUCUAAAAGUUUAACGGGGAAAAUCAUAAAAAGGAAAAAAUGUCUAAAUCUGCUAAACGGUAAACUAGAAGUAUUUUUUUUUCUAGGGAGAAGGGCUAAAGAGAACCCCUCCUGAGGCAAGUUAUACCUCUCAGUGCAGACAGAUUUCUAUAGAAAUAAAAGUCUCUUCUCAACUCAGGUGCCCCAUCUUUGCAUAAAAGGAUCAUGCCUGCAUAUUCAGAUACGUGUCAUGUGUUGUCAAACAAAGCCUCAUUUUGUCUUUUUGGGAAUUAAAUCAAGGAAAAUCUUAUGCACAGAUGAUACGUUGUUUUGUACAAAUCACUCAGUGCAUUUCUAUCUCUAGCUUUUCUUUGUACAUUCUGGUGCUUUGUGGUGAGCUGCUUUGUCCAGUGAUGUCACAAUGUUGUACUUUUUUUUGUGGUACAUUAUCUCUAGUUUUGUGUGUACCCGCCCAGUUCUGCCUCUUAUAUUAUGUAUGCACAGACUAUAGUCAUGUGCCACCAGCGAUGCUCUGCAGCUACUCAGACACCUUUGUAAUCAUUGUGUGCCGAGCAAAAUGUCAUUAAUCGCAUAUGCUAAUGUAGAAGCAAAUUGUAGGAGCACUUAAUAGAUUAGCACUUCGUCUUUGGCCACGAGCAACUCUGGUCUGUCAUCUUUACAUUUCUAGAA